AUGGCUCCCUCGCAACGAUCCUCCCGUCAGCAAGCAUCAGGACCGUCUCGGCCCAUCCGCUCGAGUCGCACGCACAUCCAAUCCUACCACGAAGACAGCAGCUCGGAAGGGCGCCUGGAUGAAGACACCCAGUCCGACGAGGAGCAGUCGAGGCGCCUGUCGCUCUCGUUGCGCCCCCGCAAUUCAGGACGCAUGCCCACAUCGUACCGUGAGGAUUCCACUGACGAUGACUUUGAUCCUACCAAUGAUGAUCUGGAGGCUGUAGUCCCCACCGAAGCCCCUAACCGCUUUACUUACUCGUUUCCUGAAGCGAACAGUCGCACCGCGCCAUCGCGAGCCCCGCGUAAUCGAACCGUGAGAACACGAUCGCAGACAAAGAAGUCCGAAAAGCGAACAGGGCGAAAGCGUAUGGAGCUAGGCCGACCGCUCCACAAACGUAGAAAGGUGGAGGAGGAGAAGACACCCUUUGCUGGGUCGGGUGUUAUUCCCCCGUGGCAAACCCUUCCUUACCAUAUACUCCUGGAUAUAUUCGUUCGCGCUUCGAAUCCAUUGAUUGACGAGAAAACUGCCAACAGACAUAGCUCUGUCCAGUGGCUGGUGAAUGUUGCUUUACUCUGUCGUGCUUUUCACGAGCCGGCCUUGGCGGCCCUUUAUCAUUGUCCUCCCUUGAUACCAGCCUCCAAGUCCCAUGGUUUGCUACAGUUGUUGGCCAAGCCCCAGGACACUCUCUCCACUAACUAUGCGAGCAAGGUCAAGGAACUACACGUCGACGUGGAAAAUCUUCUGUUCUACAAAAGCGGACCGACCUUGGGAUACUUUGAAUUACCCAGGCUGAUUGAACGAACCCCUCAGGUGAAAACGCUGCGUCUCUACCACAAAGAUGACUACAUCAUGGGUGUUCCCCCCUGGCUAAAGCCACGCUCAAAAUGGGUGUACCCCGAUUCCCUUUUUACCUCACUGGUGUCUAGUUCAAUACAGCUCCGCUGCUGGCAGUGGAACAGUCGCUUCAUAGAGACUAGAAAGCUUCUGCCUUUGAUGCUAGAAAAGCACCUGCAGCCUGCUUUUCACGGGCUCCAUGAGCUCCAAUUGUUCCAGAUAACAUCAGAGGAUGCGGAGGUCAACGAAGUGGCGCAGUGUUCUGACGAAAACGAAGUGGUUCUUGCGACAGCUCUCCGGGAGCUUCCCGAGCUACGUCGCUUGGAGUUCGUGGAAUGCUCGAUCGUAAACGAGUACCUCCUGCCGAACCUACCAACGGGACUCACCUCGCUUACCCUCAACAACUGUGAUGAGGUGACUGCGGUGAACCUCAGCUCCUUUCUCGCUUCGCACGGUCAUAAUCUGAAAGCUUUGGAUCUAAGCCAUAACCGCCACUUGAGCUUGUCUUUCAUCGCCAGCCUGGCUAAGUCAUGCCAGAUGCUCGAAAGAUUCAGAAUGGACAUUUCGAUGCAUGACGGCUCUAGCUAUCAUGAUGUCGAGCCGCACUUCCAGGACCUUCUUGACCCAUCGGCAGGUGUUCCCACCUGGCCCCCCACGCUGCGGGAAAUUGAGUUGAUUCAGUUGCGCAAAUGGGAUGAUACGAUGGCGGAGAUCUUCUUUGGGUCCCUCAUUGACGCGGCGCCUGAACUACGGAACUUGCGGCGACUUGUGAUUAGCGCGAUCCUCAAAAUUGGAUGGCGUGAUCGUGCGACCUUCCGAGAGAAAUGGAUCGGAAAGCUAGAGAAAACCUUUUUACGACGAAGCAACCCCCCGAAUCCAAAUCUUCGUUCCAUCCCGCGCGCCUUGCCACAACCAGAUCCUUUCCACCGGGCUCAAAACAUACUUUCAGACGAGAACCAUACGCAUUCCGAUACUCAGCAGAGCGGGCUGUCAACGCCAUCCAAACGGAAGAGUGCACGCCUCGCUCAGAGGAAGUUCUCCGAGAUCGAGGACGACGAAGCGAUGAAGGCCGCGAAGCGCGGAUCUCAGGAGGCUAACGACUCCCUAUUGGGUGCGAUACAAGGCAUGUGCGAUGUUGUCAUGGUGCGGAUUGACAACCAACGCCCGACGGAGACACAGUUCAACGAGGAAGACUUCCUGGACGAGGAGCUUAGUGGAGAUGAAGAUUGGAAUGGGAAUGACCUGGAUGUCACUCAUGGGAGACAUGCAUGGUAG